CUGAGCAGCUACAGAGCGACGCAGCAUGAUGAAGGCAGUGUGUUUGGUUGUGGCUCUCGGCCUGCAGGUGGCGCUGGCCUUCGUGCCGCCCUCCGCCCUGAGGGGCCAGACAUACCCGGUCCGGCAGCCAACGCAGCUCCAUAUGACGGGAGAGGUCGAGCGGAGGAACUUCAUGCACAACGCAGGCAUGCCAUUGCAUUCAAUGCGACUCACGCCGCAGACAGACAGACACAAUGACAGAUUGGUCAUUGUUUGCUGUUGUUGGCUGGUUGCAGGUGGUUCGCUGCUGGGUCUAGCCUUGGGUCUUGGCUUCGCGGAGAACGCCUUCGCUGAUGGAGCGGUGAGGGAAGGAGAUCUGGACACAUUAUGUGACGACAGACGAGAUCCAUUCUCUCCCUCUCCCAUGCUGCAUCUGGCUGUGAUGCGAUGAUGGGUUGCAGGUGAGCGAUGCCACGGUGCAGAGAGCUCGCGGCACGUACGGCAUCAGACUCCUCGUAAGCGACCACACACACCACACACACGGACGGGAGGGAGGGAAAUGGGUGGAUUGAAUGAGAUGAGAUUGACGGGCAUUGUGCCUGACCUGACGCCUGCAGGACCUUGAGCCCGCCGUGAACAAGGGCGACUUCUCAGCUGUGGUACUCAUGAGUGACUCAUAGAUGUAUGUUCUCAUGUUUGUUCAUCACUCGAUGAUACAUGUUCGUUCAUCCGUCAGGCCAAGGAGAAGAACGCCUUCACUCUGUUCAAUAGGUGAGCGAUCGUGAUGCGGUGGGGGGGCCUGGGUUCAGGCGCAGGAACUCCCUGUCGUGUGUGUGUGUUUGUGUGUGUCAUGUGUCUGUCGUGCGCGUCUGUCUGUCUGUCUGUCUGUUGUCUGCCUGGCUGUGUGCAGCGGUGCGUAUGCCAAGAGAGGUCCGAUAGAUCGCGAGAACAAGGCCAAGGCGGAGUCCAUCACCAAGGACAUCUUUGCCGCCGUCGAGGCCAAGGACGUCAACAAGCUCAAGUCAUCCUAUGCCGAAUACAAAAAGGUCAGCCAGGCAGGGCAGUCGAUCACAAACCAACAAGGCAGGCACAAGCAAGUUACAAACACACCAACACGGACACCGUCUGUCUGGUGUGUUUGUCGGUGACUCCGUCCGUCACUCAGCAGUUCCUGCCUACUGACCUGGUCGGGCGCUCCUCCAAGCUGGUCAAGCAAGAGAAGGUCAGUCAGACUUUCUGCAACGCACAACACACACGGAUGUCACUCACGCACACUGAAUGCCCGUUCUCCCUCUGUGUGUGGGCGUCACGUCUGUCUGGUUUGGCUGACUGCAGGCCCAGGCGCAUUCCUCCGACUUCCACUGGACGCAGCGGAGAGCCGCGUUCGACUGACCUGUGGCUUGACACACAGACAGACAGACACAACGACAGACAGACCGACAGAGAGCAGAUCACACCAUCAAAUAGAUCAGAGGGAUGGAUGGAUGGGCGCGGUUGGUGUGGUCUGCAAGUGAAGUGGAGUGGAGUGACCCAGCC